GGUACAUCGAAAAAUGUGUUGGUUCCUAACAUCACGGAGGCGGGGGGACUGGUACGAAACGUAUCUGGGUAAGCGCCCAGGCAUAAGGGGCCGUGUCCCCCCGUCUGUCGUCCUCAGGGGCAGUUCGUCUUCUUCUAUCGUCGGCCCGUGGCACAAAGCUUCCGUUCUCGCUCUGUUUCCCUCUAUAGCUCUUCUCUGUUAUAAGACAUCAAUUUUCGGCUCCUUGGUUUAUUAGAUACUGACGUGAAAAUGGGCUACGACGAGAUCCUCGACCGAAAAAACGUAGACGAAAAACGAGAGUUCGUCCAGCGGUUCGUCUCAGCAAGGGACAAUAUCGUGCAGUUCGUCGCCUCUCGCCUGGGCUGGAGUCACGACGCAAAAUUCGCCGGUAUUAAGAAGGGGUCAUUCAAUGUCAGCUUCGUUGUGAGGAAUGUCGGCGAUGGAUCCAAGGUCCUCAUUCGUUUCCCUUUCCCCGGGCAAGUAUAUACGCCCUGGCUCGAGGAGAAGGUCACCAACGAGGUGAUGGUACUUGGCUACAUUCACACGCACACCACAAUUCCUGUCCCGCGCGUGCUUGCCUGGGGCCCGGCGGACGUCAGUCCAUCCCAGCUGGGGCCGUUCAUCAUCAUGGAAUUCAUAGAGGGGACCCCGCUCGACACCCUCAUGGGGGAUCCUACAGUACCAGAGAAAGACCCACCUGUCCUCGACCCAGCUAUCGACGAGAGGAAGCUCACCUUUGUCUACGACCAGAUCGCCAGCCUCAUGCUUCAGCUUUCUCGCCUUCCCUUCAGCCGCAUUGGAGCUAUUGGGGAAACCGCAGUCUCUAGGCGACCAUUGACCUACGACAUGAACGAGCUGGUCACCAUCACUGGUACUCCUGCCAGUGCCUUCCCCGACGGGCCGUUCGACAAGGCGAGCGACUAUUUCAACGCUGUUGCGCACUACCAUCGGGUUCGCCUCUCGACCCAGCGGAAUGCGGUUUACGACGCAAAGGACGCCCGGCGGCACCUCGCGGCUUGUCAAGGCCUUGCUAAGCUGAUCCCACAGUAUUGCGACCAAGAAGAAGGCUACUUUCUUUAUAUAGACGACUUCCAUCCCACCAAUAUUCUUGCCGACCCAGACACGUGGCAGAUCACGGCGGUAGUCGACCUCGAGUUCAUCAAUGCCAUGCCCGCUCAGUAUGCCUACGACGUGCCGCCAUGGCUCUUGCUCCGUGAACCACCCGUCGGGCGCUCCCCGGAGAUGAAUGAGCUCGAGACUCUAUUCACCCGCAGGAUGGAGCAAUUUCUCGCCGCGGUACAGCGCGCUGAGACGGCCUCGCCGGACAGUCAAUAUCCGAGCCUGUCGGCCAAGAUGCGGGAGUCGUGGGACACCAAGCGCUUCUGGUUCAACCUCGCGAUGAGGAACCCCUUGGACGCCAGUGCCAUCUACGAGUACAAUCUGCGCGGCCCGGUGGUUCUGGACCAGAACGAGUCUCCAGAAAUCGAGCUCUUCGUGGCUAAGAAGCUGAAGCAGCUAGAAGAGUACAAGCGGGAAGAGGCACAGAUAAGUUGAGAUAUCCUUUUUUAAAUCUGAGCGGAAGUUGUUAUACGGUAGGUGUUACACGGGGAUGGAGCCCUACACCAACAAUCAGGUCAUAAAGGUUAGGAGGAUAAUAUCAGGCAUUAAGGUCGCCGUUCGGCGACCUACCAAGGGAAAGUCCUAGAUAAGCUACGGAUAGCUUCGGUAUUAGGAUACCUAGGUAUUAAGGUACGGAGGUACCUUAGGAGUAUAUUAGCAUAGGAAUAAGACUAGGAAACUUAAGGGAAGUAAGGACCUAAGAGACCCCCUAUAGAAUUAUUAGUUAAAAUUAAACCUAUUCUAAGUAUAUCCCC